CUCCUCUCUCUGUCUCUCUGUUUCUCUCUCUCUCUCUCUCCUUCUCUCUCUCUCUCUCUCUACAUUCUCCGAUGGACAAGCCCGCCGACGAUUCGCCGGAGUCGACUCAGCUCGCGGACCCGGACGGCGAGCAGCGAGUUUACUUCGUGCCCUACAGGUGGUGGAAGGAUGCGCACGAUUCGAUGGCGGGCGAGCCCGAUGAGAAGAGGGGGAUCGUGUACGCGGCGUCGCCGGCUUCGUCGUCGUACGGGGGCCCGAUGAAGAUAAUCAACAACAUCUUCAGUUCAGAUCUCGCGUUCAAUUUGAGAAGGGAGGAGAGCCCCGCGCAGGAUCGCGAGGACGGCGAGGUGGGCGUUUCGGGCCGGGACUUUGCGUUGGUCUCCGGUGAAAUGUGGGUUCAGGCACUCAAGUGGCAUAGUGACUCUAAAGUUGCUCUAAAGGAGAGUAGGAGCUUCUCGGCUGCUGAAGAUGAUAUGUCUGAUGUCUAUCCUUUGCAGCUCAGGCUGUCUGUGCUAAGAGAGGCAAACUCAUUGGCUGUUAGAAUAAGUAAAAAAGAUAAUGCAGUUGAACUUUUUAAAAGAGCCUGCAAGAUCUUCAGUGUUGAUAUUGAACUGAUGCGCAUUUGGGACUUUUCUGGUCAGACAACUCUGUUUUUCUUGAAUGACAAUAAUAGGUUUAUAAAAGACGGUUCGAGAAUGUCAGAUCAGGAGGUUCUCCUGGAGUUGCAAAUUUAUGGUUUAUCAGAUUCCAUCAAAUGUAGAGAAGGGAAAAAAGAUGAAAAGGCUUUGCAGUAUUGCAAUGGAAUAAAUUCCCUUACGAUAAAUGGAAGCACAUGCAAUGGGAACUCUGAUUCUUCCCGAGUUUAUAUGUCAUCCGCUUAUCAAAGCUCAGAAGCUGGUUCCUUGGGAUUGACAGGAUUACAGAAUCUUGGAAAUACUUGCUUCAUGAAUAGUUCCCUACAGUGCUUAGCGCACACACCAAAGCUUGUUGAUUAUUUCCUUGGGGAUUAUGCUAGGGAGAUGAAUCAUGAAAACCCGCUGGGCAUGGAUGGCGAGAUUGCUUUAGCAUUUGGUGAUUUGAUAAGAAAAUUAUGGGCUCCUGGAGCAACUCCAGUUGCACCAAGAACGUUCAAAUCAAAACUUGCUCGUUUUGCUCCUCAAUUUAGUGGAUAUAACCAGCAUGAUUCUCAGGAACUCCUUGCUUUUCUCUUGGAUGGACUUCACGAAGAUCUCAAUCGGGUAAAAUGCAAGCCUUAUGUAGAAGCCAAGGAUGCAGAUGGGCGACCAGAUGAAGAUGUUGCUGAUGAGUAUUGGAGAUAUCAUUUAGCACGGAAUGAUUCUGUAAUAGUUGAUGUGUGUCAAGGUCAAUACAAAUCAACAUUGGUGUGUCCUGUUUGCAAGAAGGUUUCUGUCACUUUUGAUCCAUUUAUGUACCUUUCCUUGCCACUACCUUCAACAACUAUGCGGACAAUGACUCUAACAGUCAUAACUACUUAUGGGAGCACUAAGCUAUCCCCUUAUACCAUUACCGUGCCAAAGUUUGGAAAAUGCGAAGAUCUUAAACGGGCCCUAAGCGCUGCUUGUUCUCUUGGGGACGAUGAGACCCUUUUGUUGGCUGAGAUAUACAACGGCCAUAUCAUCCGUUAUCUGGGGGAGCCUACAGAUUCUUUAACAUUGAUUAGGGAUGAAGAUCGGCUAGUUGCUUAUCGGUUAUCUAAAGAUUCUGAAGAUCUCCCCUUGGUUGUGUUCAUGCAUCAGAGGAUGGAGGAGCAGUCCAUUCAGGGGAAUUUUUCGGGAUGUUGUAAGUCUUUUGGUAUUCCUCUUGUUGCAAGGCUCAAUGGUCAGGCUGACAGAUCUAAUAUUUGUAGCCUUUAUCUGAGACUACUCAAUCCGUUUCGCAAUCUUAGUCAAGAUGUUGCGAAUGAAAAUGAUUGCUCAGAGAGCAGCGGGCCUGAAGAUGCCUCAAGCUCAACUAUAGGUCCUGGAAUGUCCAAUAACUCUGAUGUGAAAAAAGUCGACUCUACCUCGGACUCUGAGCUGAAGCUUUAUUUAACUGAUGAUAAGGGAAUCACCAAGGAUCGUGAGAUUCUGAUGAGUGAGCCGGUGGUGCAGGCUGAAAUGUCCAGGCGGUUGAAUGUUCUUGUUUGUUGGCCCGAAAAACGGAUAAAAAAGUACGAUACAAGCCCUCUUAGCUCCUUGCCUGAGAUUUUCAAGACUGGAUUCUUUUCGAAAAAAGCUCAAGAGACUGUCUCGUUGUACAAGUGCCUUGAAGCUUUCCUGACAGAGGAGCCUCUUGGACCAGAUGACAUGUGGUACUGUCCCAGGUGCAAAGAGCACCGCCAAGCUAGCAAAAAGUUAGAUCUUUGGAGACUGCCAGAGAUUUUAGUAAUUCAUUUGAAGAGGUUCUCCUACAGCCGUUUCCUGAAAAACAAGUUAGAGACAUAUGUUGACUUCCCCAUAGACAAUCUUGAUUUAUCGGCUUACAUUGCAUGCAAGAAUGGCCAGUCAUCUUGCCGCUACAUGCUUUAUGCAGUUAGUAAUCACUACGGCAGCAUGGGAGGUGGUCAUUAUACUGCAUUUGUCCAUCAUGGUGGCAAUCGAUGGUACGAUUUUGAUGAUAGCCACGUGUACCCUAUCAGCCUGGAGAAAAUUAAGACUUCCGCUGCUUAUGUACUAUUUUACAGAAGAGUGAUAGAAGUGUGAAACCCAAGUAGAGUAAGUGAAAUUCUUGAUAGACUGAAGGCUGACCACAUUUGUAAUGCCUUCACCAUUUUUGACCUUUGAGUUUGCAGUUGUCAACCCAAACAGGUAUCAUUCUUUUGUUCCAUUCAGCUUACCGUCUCUCCUCAAUCAAUGAUGACGAAGGGAGAUUAUAAGCUCGGAGGUGUCUAGGACAGUUGUAACAUAGUUAGCAGUCGAAGGCACUAGAAGUAUAGCAUCAGAGACCACUUCUUUAAAAUCUUUUGUCCAUAUGUGAGGGAUACCUGAUAUAAUUCUUUUGACAUUAUUUUUUUUUUUUGGUUUGAGGGAGUUGUUACCCUGUCAUUAGGAUUGUAAAACUGGUGAAAAAGAUAUUGAAAUCAUUCAUCGGCAAGCGUAGGAAUAUAGUGUUGUGUUGGUAA